AUGGAAGAAAAAGUGAAAGCUCUCGUCCGUCAGCGAGGGGCAGUGAAGUCGAAAUUGACGCGCAUCAGCACGGCUUUGGUCGACGUAGUGGAGGGAAGGCAAAAUCCUAACCUCAAAAACAUUCCGUUUUUGCGCCAAAACUCGAAAAAUGUGGACGCUUGUUAUCGUGAGUACAACACUAUCCAAAAUGAAAUUGUCGCGUUGCCCCUCUCUGACGAUGCGAGAACGGAACAAGAGAACCGUUACAUUGAGUUCGAGCACCUGUACAACGAGGUCAGCAUCAAGCUGGAGACCUUGUUAGAAACCGCCGUCAAACGGGAGCAGCGCCUGUCGUUGGCGUCGGCGAAUCAGCUCGUCCCGGCGAAUGCGGCUGCCGCUGUGGUCCAGCCACCGCCGUUGAGUGUUCCGCUUCCGAGUUUUGAUGGAAACUACGAGAAUUGGAAGUCCUUCAAGUGUAUGUUCACGACGAUCAUGGCGCGCUACCAGACGGAGUCUCCGGCUAUCAAACUCUAUCACCUCAAGGAUUGUAUGAAGGGAAAGGCGAUGGGGUUCAUCGAUGAGGAGACCAUUAAAAACAAUGAUUAUGAUGCUGCCUGGGCCAGUCUGGAGGAGAGAUUCGAGGACAACCGCCUCAUCAUCGAUAAACAUAUUGAGGCGCUCUUCAACCUGCCCAAGAUCACCAAGGAGAGUGCCGAAGAACUCCGGAAGCUACUGGAUACGUGCACCAAGAACGUGAACGCCCUCAAGAAUUUGGACCUACCAGUCGUGGGACUAGGAGAACAGAUGCUGCUCAACGUUCUGUCUGCCAAGAUGGACAAAGACACCAGGAAGACCUGGGAGACUCGCCAGAAAGCUGGUCAGCUUCCAGCGUACGCAGCGACGAUCGCCUUUCUCAAGGAACGCUGCAAGAUUCUGGAGAAGAUCGAGGUCAACACGAAGUCAAACUCGGAAGCGACGAAGCCAUCCCGUGCGGUGGCUAGAAGCAACACGUUGGUGUCAACGACGGAGCAAAAGUGUGCAGUGUGUAAAAGUGACCACGAGUUGUGGAAGUGUGAUCAGUUCAAGAACUACAGUGCCAAAGAAAAGUACAGUGUUUUGAGAAAAAGUGGUUCCUGUUACAACUGCCUACAGCGUGGACACCGCCUCAGCGAGUGUUCAUCGAGUUCCUGCCAGAAGUGUGGCAAACGCCACCACACUCUGCUGCACGUCGGAGACAAGAAGCCGGCAGAUCCGUCGUCCAAGAACGAAGAAGCGGAUUUGUGCCGGUCGAAAGAGCCGCAGGUUCGGACGGAACAGGCAACUGGUUCUAGCAGCACCCGAUCGGAGACGACCGCAACGCUUUGUGCCCAGGUCGAGAGAUCCGUGAACGUCACGCUCCUGUCAACUGCCGUCGUCCUGGCCUACGGCAGUGGAGGCGUCAGCUAUCCGUGCAGAGUCCUCCUAGACUCAGCGUCCCAAACGCACUUCGUGACUGAACAGUUCGCAAAAUUACUCGCUCUCGAAAGACAACCCGCCAGUUUCCUCGUCUGCGGAUUGAACGGUUCGGACACGCGCAUUCGAUCCAAGAUCGAAGUCCGUAUCAAGUCACGAGUCAACGAAUUCAGCUUGGCACUCGAGACGCUCAUCGCACCGAAGAUCACCGGGGAACUACCGUCCUACUCAAUCGACGUUCGCAAGUGGCCGCUCCCGCCAGGGACCGAACUCGCGGACCCUGCGUUCUUCAAGCGUAACAAAAUCGACAUGCUGAUCGGUGCGGAUGUUUUCUGGGACCUCAUCAAGAGCGAGCAAAUCGAGAUGGGGCCGAACUUGCCAACGCUGCGUGACACGAAACUUGGCUGGAUCGUCGGAGGAUCGGUGUCCAGUGCAAGUCCAGCGAAACUACGAACCAUCUGCACUGUGACUGAGAAUGACCGCCUCAGCGACAUCCUCAAGCAGUUCUGGACGAUCGAAGGCAGCGACGAGCUGCUGGCCCCCGGACCCGGCGACACUGCAUCGAAUGCCGAAUGCCUUGAGCAUUUUCGCCGUACUCACCAGAGGGACGGCGAAGGACGAUACAUCGUCAGACUCCCGUUCAACGAGCGGAAGAACCAGUUGGGCGAUUCGAAGCAGAUGGCCAUGAAACGCUUCCUGACCGUCGAGCGGCGACUCGACAGAGAACCGGAACUCAAACAACAGUACGCUGCAUUCAUGCAGGAAUACGAGAACCUGGGCCAUAUGCGUGAAGUCCGCACGGAAGAUGCAGAUAACGGUGGACCGGCGUAUUAUCUCCCGCACCACUGUGUCAUCAAACCGACGAGCACGACGACCAAGCUGCGGGUGGUGUUCGAUGGCUCCGCCAGGACCACGUCCGGCGUCUCACUAAACGAUGCCCUGAUGACCGGACCGACCGUCCAAAACGAUCUGAUGGCGAUACUCCUGAACUUCCGGUGCUACCGGUUCGCGCUUACCCUGGACAUCCCAAAAAUGUAUCGCCAAGUGAGGAUCAACCCCGACGACGCACGAUUUCAGCGAGUGUUUUGGAGAGACGACAAGAACCAGCCGCUGAAGAUCUUCGAUUUGCUGACCGUAACGUACGGUCUCGCCUCGUCACCGUUCCAAGCAACGAUGACCCUGAACCAGCUCGCCGACGACCACGGAGCAGAAUUUCCACGCGCUGCCGCUGUGUUACAAAGCUCUUGCUACAUCGACGACGUUUUGACGGGUGCGCAGUCUCUGGACGACGCACUUCAACUGCAACGAGAGAUCGUCGGGUUGCUGCGAUGCGGUGGUUUCGCCGCACACAAGUGGUGCUCAAACGCGCCCUCGAUUCUGGAAGCCAUUCCGGAAGCACAACAAGGAGCCAAACUGAACGUUGCUGAGCUCGAUUUGAACGCCCUCGUAAAAACACUCGGAGUUGCCUGGCAACCGGCGAGCGACACGUUCUCUUUCGACGUGGUGGAUUUCGAGCCAGCUAGCAACGAGCGACUCACUAGGCGGAAGGUCGCCAGCCAGGUUGCUAAGAUCUUCGACCCGCUAGGGUUCAUCGGGCCGGUCCUGACCGCGGCCAAAUUGAUCCUGCGCGGAGUGGGGUCUCUCAAGACGGACUGGGACGAACUCGUUCCCCCGAACAUGGGUAGACAAUGGCAGUCAUUCCGGCGUGAGCUGCCGGUUCUGAAGAAACUCCGCCUACCGAGGUGGAUUCUCUACAAGGAGAUGCAGUUCGUGGAGCUGCACGGGUACUGCGACGCGUCGGACCAAGCCUACGGCGCCUGCAUCUACACUAGGUUGACUCGACUGGACGGAUCGACCGUCAUGAAGCUGGUAUGCAGUAAGUCGAGAUUGCUCCCCAAGGCCACCAAGAAGAAGAAAGAGAUUUCAACACCGCGCGGCGAACUGCUGGCGGCGCUACUGCUCGCUCGUUUGGUAACCAAGGUGCUGUCGUCGACAACUGCGACGCGCCAUGGCCUACGUCGCUCGAUUUGCAGAGUUCAUCAUUUCAAAGCGCAAGAAGGUGACCAGGGGUGGCUCACUGGUAAGGAGAUCAAGCGUGCGGAAGGAAUUAUCGUGAAGCUGGUUCAAGCCGAGGCGUUCCACACCGAGAUUGCUGCACUACUGGACGACAAGAGAGCACGGCACCGGCUGUGCGGACUCAACCCGUUCCUUGACGUCGAUGGCCUCCUGCGGGUCGGUGGGCGCAUCAAACACGCCUUCAUCCCGUACGACAGUCGCCAUCAGAUGGUGUUGCCGGCCAAGCAUCCGGUAACCGAGCUCCUCAUUCGGCACCUGCACGAGGAGAACUUGCACCUCGGCCAACGGGGACUUCUCGCCGUCGUCAGACAGAGGUUCUGGCCGCUCAAUGUGAAGACGACGAUCAGGAAGGUGGUCCGCAGCUGCAUCACCUGUUUCCGGGUCAACCCAACGAAGACGUCGCAGCUGAUGGGGAUUUGCCCUCAUACCGAGUCCAGCCAGCACCAACGUUCGCCAGAACCGGAAUCGAUUUUGCUGGCCCGUUCUGGAUCAAAUCCAACGCUGCUGUGA